UACGAUCCGUAGUACGGGUCCGUUCGUUUCUAUAUUAAGAUCGCCUUCGUUUGGCCUCGCAGCAUGAUGCGCGCGCGCACACCGACCGCCCGCACAAUAAACACCAAACGUAGUACAUAUUAUAUUUUUUAUAACGAAUCCGACUUCUCCAGACACUAUUUGAACAGGUGACGUGAAUUCCCCAGUGUCAUAGUGAAGUUUUUGGACGUGUAAAAUGUCUGUGAUGUGAGACGAAGUGAAUUGAGAUAUAUAUCUAUCUAUCUAUAACGGAUAUAAUAAGCGUAAGUUACCAAGAUGAAGUUUACAAUCGAUGUACUAGGGAUAUUUCUAAAAGUAGUGAUCAAGAUUAACAAAGUCACCUUUGCCCCACUAGUGGUGUCCACGCUAUUCAUUUUACUUACGUCGUUGCUUGCCCACUGUGCGCGACGCCUGGUGCAAAAGUCUAUAAAUGAACCAUUUGUGAGGUUACUAUUUGAGGAAGCCAUAGCCGCUGCUGAACUAUGUGGCUGCUGUUUCGAGCUUAUUGUUGUUGCAGACAAUUUCGGCGUGGGCACGUACGCGAUCUUCUUAUUCGCUCUAACAAUAUGGUGGUCACUCAAUUGGGGUGACGCUACUGCCUGCCCCUACACACAUAUUGAGGAUGUUAUUGAAGGGAAAGGCGACAUACGUAAGGCUUUUUUGAAGACCUGGGCGGAACUCUUGGGUGGGUUGCUCGUGUUCAAAUAUGUGCAGACAUACUGGGCCUUGGAGAUUUCGGAGACGCACAAGGACAAGGCAUUUGAGGAAUGCAGAGCUGAUUUGCAGGUGCCUGUCAUAUACGGGGCCGUUGUGGAAGGUGUGGCGACAUGCCUCUGUCGAUUGGCUUCCAAGUCGCUCGGAGAUCUUAAUCCUCGGUUCGCGACUGCCAUUGACUCCUUCAUUGGAACCUCCCUGGUCGUAGCUGGGGUCCUCACUAGGCACACGGUAUUCGUCUACCGCUAUCAGGACAAUAGUGCCAAUGCGGACCUAAGCGUGUCCAUCUUUUGCAAAAUCCAUUUAGGAAAAGCAUUCGACUAUUCUGGUGGCUACUUCAACCCGGUGCUAGCGACGUCUCUGAAAGCAGGCUGCGAGGGCCACACUCUUCUAGAACAUGCCGUGGUAUACUGGAUAGGUGCCUGUGCUGGAUCCAUACUGUCUGUUUAUAUGUACAAAAUACCGGCCAUCCAGCGGUACGUCAGAGGAACGACGGCAGUGAACGGCGACAGUAUCUGGGCGGAUAAAGAAGAUUAAAUCUUCCGUCCUGCUUAAUAAAUAUUUUCUCUCGUAAUAUUUCUAUGAAUGAUUAUUUUAUGAACAUUUCGAAAUAACGUGUGUGUCGCAAUGAGACGCGAAUAUAUCGAAUGGAUUUAAUUUUUUAAUUAUAACACUUAGAUCAUUAAUAUCUAGAUGAGCUCCGAUGUCUCACUAUCUGGAUAUCUCAUUAGAAAUGCUCCGAUAAAAACGGCAUAUCUGUUUUAAAUGGCGCGCUUUUCGCAAGGUAUAAAAUUAUAAUAAUUGGUGGGUUUUGUUACAUAAAUUGUCCUUUUAUUUAGUUUUAUUAUAUUGGCGAUACUUUUGAAUUUUCAUUCAAUACGAAAAUCAAUGCGUCAGUUAAUAAUUGGGCGAUUAUUUUUUGAUACCUUAUUAUACUCGGUGCUCCAUCUAGAUGUGUGUGAUCUAAGUCACUAUGCUAAUAUUGUGAUGUCUUCUAGUCAAUUUCAGACACUGUACAAAAUGAUAAUUAUAUGAACUUUAUCUAAGAUUUAAUUACUAUAUCCAUGCCAAUUUUGUGUUUAUAUCUGAUAUUGGUUCAUCCAUUCAAAAAUAGAAUGCAAAAAAAAAGAACUUUUGUUACCAGCACAAUACAGAGUAAUAUCGAAAUAAUUCGAGUUUAUUUAUCGGAGUGUUUUAUUAGUGAAACGGAACGUUUUUACACCAGAAACAUUUUUUUUUACACAAUUUAGAAUGGCAAAACAAGAAACUUACAAAAAAGAGAAAAUAUGAUAAAAAUUUUUGACUCUCCAAACUAACGCGUCGCGUCUAGAUGUAAAGUUAGUAUGAGAAGAUCUUAAACAUUUUGUCACUUUUCGGUUCAUGUUAUUUUGGAAGAAAUAUUAAAAUUUUAUCCUUACAACUACUAAUGAUUUAAAUUCCUGGAAAAAGUAGGUAACAAAAGUUUUUUUUUUAUACGAUUCCUGCUAAGUUUCUAUGAAAUUACAGCUACGUCGCUGUUCACCUUAAUUAAUACAAUUUUCUACAUGUUUCCUCUGAACUGAACCUCUGUUUUGUGCCUUUCGUGUCUUCCAAAAAUAUAAUAAGUGCUACGUUCUUCAGUUGUAAAUAAAUGAACCAUUUUAAUUAUUUAA